ACUAAUUAAUAUUUGGAAUUUACAUUGGCUCAGUCUGUCGAACUCUUGGCAAACCUGUUGCUGCAGUUGUUGACGCGUUCCUAUCUGAAAGAUGCUCUAGCUGGACACCCAUGGCCAUGCAGGAUAUACGACUACGUCUGGAACCGCAACAUAAUACAGCCGCGUUCUCCAACUCCCCAGCAGUAGUAGUAGCACCAGCAACAGCAGCAACAGCAGCAACAUCUUCGCCGUCAACACUGACCAAUGCGGAGACAACGCUCAUUGAGACUGGCGAAACAAAAGGCUCGCAGCUAGUUCAGCUGCUUCCUGAGCUUACUUUCAGCGCACCCACGGCGAGCAGCACAGCUCAUUAUUAUCAACAUCAACAUCAACAUCAACAUCUACAUCAACUUCACUCCCACCAGCAUCCUCAUCAGCAUUCGCAUACGCAUCCUGUGCAGCCACGUGCCACGCCUCGUCAUCAGGUGGAGCAGCUGCACCUGCUGCACAGCCAUCACACAGCACACAGCCAACACAAUGGCCAAGAGCUGGACGAACAACAGAUGCCACGUUCGCCCAGCUCCGAGGAGGACAAUUCCCCAACUGAAAUGAAUAAUUGUCGUCGUUUGGUUGAUAAACCGCCGCUGGUGAAGCGCCUCACCAUGGGCAUUGGACUGCUGCGUGGCACCGAGGAUAGCCGCCCUCUGGUGCACAACACCUGCUCCUCCUCCCUGAAUUCAGGCUCGUCUCAAACCAUCUCCGAUGGCUAUGUGAACGAGGCCAUCUGCGAGCCGGACAAGUAUGUGGCAAGCAAAUUCGGUGACUCCUGUCGCCAGUCACUGACGGCUCUGGAAACGGCCACACAACACUUACAGUCGGAGCUGCCCAACAGCAAGAAAUAUUUGAGAGAAACGUGCAGCGCCAACUCCAGUCCGAAGCUAUUCGCUGCAAAUUCACCCUUGCGCCUAGACAACCUUAGCCUGGCCGAGCAGCAGGAACUCAAGGGCGCCGCUUGGUAUCAGGCGGGCAUACCCAGGGAGAUCUCACUGGAGGUAUUAUCCCGCCAGAGUCCAGGCGCUUUCCUAGUACGUCAGAGCAGCACCAAGCCAGGCUGCUUUGCACUAUCCUUGCGUGUGCCGCCGCCUGCGCCACGCGUGGCUCACUAUUUGAUAUUGCGAACACAGCGUGGCUAUAAGAUUAAGGGCUUCACCAAGGAGUUCAGUUCGUUGCGAGCAUUGAUCACGCAUCAUUCGGUAAUGCCGGAGCUGUUACCUAUACCGCUCACCUUGCCGCGCCCCCCGCACAUACGCGCCCACACACAAGCCUAUGGCCAUAAAGGCGGCAACGGAAGUGGCGGGGGAGGAGACUUUGAGAUGUAUGGAUCCCUGAAUGAUUUUCGCAAAAUGAUGGCCGAUUUGAAUGUGUGACGCAGCAGCAGACAUGGGCCGAACAAGCGAACGAGAGCACCUAAUUAAUUAAGUAAUUAUUGUCACAUUGAUUGAAUUAAGCGCAGUAUCUGGAGUCUGCCGACUCUGCUGUCUGGACAGGAUAACAAUCUAUUUAAUUUGCUUAAUUGGCUGUGCUGGCGGUUCACGUAGCGACCGAAAUUCCACCCAAAUCCCAAACACAGAAUGAAAAAAAAUAAAUUUUAAAAAUUUGAUAAUGCAAAAUGAAGUGAAGUGACAAAGGGACACAGCAAACAAAUCUGAUAAAAGGAAAAAAUUCAAAUACAAAAAUAUUCAAUAUUAAUUCCAUAUGAAGCAGACAUUCAAAAAGUCCAAUGGAAUUAUUUUUCACAUUUUUGUGCGCUGUUUAAAUAACCCAAACGGG